UUUACCAAAAUUCUUUGCCAAGCCGCCAAAGUGGAGAGUGUCGUCGCACCAGGGGGACCUUCUCGUUUCAGUGUAGGGGGAGGAGGUGGGGGUGCACCUCAGCACUAUCCCAAGACUGUCUGCAACAGCGAGUUCCUGGGGAAAACCCCAGGUCCUGGCGUUCAGAGAUGGAUUCCUUCACGAAGCACUAGACGAGAUGCCAAUUCCUCCAGCGAGAAAGGACAAAAUGAUGCAAUCUUCAGGAAAGUAAGAGGCAUACUUAAUAAGCUGACCCCUGAAAAGUUUGACAAACUGUGCCUGGAGCUCCUCAAUGUGGGUUUGGAUUCCAAACUUGUCCUAAAAGGAGUCGUCUUGUUGAUUGUUGACAAGGCCCUUGAAGAACCCAAGUACAGCCAGCUUUAUGCGCAACUAUGUCUUCGCCUGGCAGAGGAUGCACCAAACUUUGAAGGCCCAUCAGCAGAAAGUCUAGCAACUCAAAAGCAAAAUACUACCUUUAGAAGGCUUCUGAUCUCUAAACUUCAAGAUGAAUUCGAAAACCGUGCCAAGAAUGUUGAUGUCUUUGACAAACAUGACAACCCGCUCACCUCUGAAGAGGAGGAGCAGCGUGCUAUUGCAAAGAUCAAGAUGCUGGGUAACAUCAAAUUCAUCGGUGAACUUGGCAAACUCAAUCUUAUCCACGAAUCCAUUCUUCACAGAUGUAUUAAAACACUUUUGGAGAAGAAGAAGAGAGUCCAACUUAAGGAUAUGGGUGAAGAUUUGGAAUGCCUCUGUCAAAUAAUGAAAACUGUGGGACCUAAAAUUGAUCAUGCAAAGGCUAAGUCCCUGAUUGAUCAGUACUUUGGACGCAUGCAAUCCUUAAUGAACAACCAGGACUUGUCAGCAAGGAUUCGCUUCCUGUUGCAGAACAUGGUGGAGCUACGAGAAAACAACUGGGUUCCUCGCAAAGCUUAUGUGGACAACGGGCCUAAAACCAUUCACCAAGUUCGCCAGGAUGCCGUAAAGGAUUUGGGUGUGUUCAUUCCACCAUCCAAUGAUGUGAUGAGGAAUGACUUCUUUACAGACCAUAACUCCUUCCUGCCAUCAAGGAGAGUUGAAAGAGAGCCUCUCGGUGGGCUUGCUGACAUGUUUGGACAACUGCCUGGGAUUGGCAUUGGAACUGGUCCAGGAGUGAUUCAAGACCAUUUCUCCCCCACCAUGGGUCGUCAUCGUGCAAGCCCACUGUUCAACGGCCAUAUGGGAAAUGGCAACGCUUCACACCAGCCUCAGUUUGAACCAGGAAGCAAGCCAUUCACAAAGCCAAAUCAGGGGCAGAAUUCACCAGUUUUCAGCCAUAAGCAGAAUCACUCAGCACAAGUACAGUCAAAGGAUGUGGGUCCAAGGUUCAGCAAGAAAGGAAAACUCAAUGCUGAUGAGAUCAGUCUGAGGCCGGCUCAGUCCUUCAUCAUGAAUAAAACGCAAGUGCCAAAGCUGCAGCCACAGAUGACUUUGAUGCCUCCAACUGGUUCUCCAAUCGGACAGCUUGGCCUCAAAAGUAAUCCUCCUCCAAUCCAGGAAAAGCCAGCAAAGUCCAACAAAAAAGCUCCACCGACUAAAGAAGAGUUGCACAAAAUGACGGAUACACUUAUGACAAACUAUCUGAAUGGGAAAGACAUCGAGGAGGCUGUAAGUGCUGCAAAGGAGAUGAAGGCGCCCAAGUACUUCUUACCUGAGAUGCUGAACAAGAUGAUUGUGUUCACACUGGAGCGGUCCGACGAAGACAAGGAAAAUGCGAGCAAACUGAUCCAUGCUCUCUCCACUGAGGGAGUCAUCAGCCGUGAAAGCCUUCUGCCUGCCUUCUUGCGUGUUCUGGACCAGAGCGCUAAGAUCGAGGAAGAAAUCCCUCUGGUGAAAUCCUACCUGGCCCAGUUUGCUGCUCGAGCUGUAAUCGCCGAUCUGGUCAGCAUCGACGACUUGGCUCAUCAGCUGGAGAACGGUACCCACUUCCCCCUCUUCCUGCUGUGCCUGCAGCAGAUGGUCAAACUGAAGGACAAAGACUGGCUGGGCGACCUGUUCCAGCUGAGCAAGGUCAACAUGCAGAAGAUGCUACCUGAAAUUGACCAGAACAAGGAUAGGAUGUUGGAGAUUUUAGAGGGCAAAGGUCUUGGCUUUCUGUUCCCACUGAUGAAACUGGAGAAGGAGCUGCUGAAGCAGAUCAAAGUAGAUCCGUCGCCACAGUCCAUCUACAAGUGGAUCAAAGACAACAUCUCACCCAAACUUCACACCGAUAAGGGCUUUGUCAACAUCCUUGUGACCAGUCUUCUGCAGUACAUUGCUUAUGAGAUCAACCCAGACGACGACGAGGAGCAGCUCGCAUCACCCAGCAAGGAGCAGCUGGAUGAGGAGAAGCAGCUGCUGCUCUCCUUCAAGCCAGUCCUGCAGAAGUUCCUCCAUGAUCACAUUAACCUACAAGUCAGCGCGCUGUACGCCCUGCAAGUCCACUGUAACACCAAGAGUUUCCCCAAAGGCAUGUUGCUGCGCUACUUUGUGAACUUUUACGACAUGGAAAUAGUCGAAGAAGAAGCCUUCCUCUCAUGGAAAGAAGACAUCACAGAGGAGUAUCCUGGAAAGGGGAAAGCUUUAUUUCAGGUGAACCAAUGGCUGACCUGGCUGGAGACGGCUGAAGAUGAAGAGUCGGAGGAUGAAGAUUACUGAGGGAGAUCAGCCAAAGCCAUGUGUUAUUAGAAAGCAACGAGUUGAAUUUAUUUUUUUCUUCCUUGUCUUGUCCCUUUCUUUUUUGUUUAGUUGCAAUUGUUACAACUCAUUCACAAAAUGCUUCGCCAAAUCCAA